ACUAAGUUGGCUUGUCAACCGCCAUUAACACUACACGAAGAAGACGCGCGCAGAUCGAGCUGGAGCGCGGCCUUUACUCGCCGAGUGUCUGAGGAGCAUCAGAUCUCUAGGUUUAGUGAUGGCGAGAUACAUGAGACCUCCGAACACCUCACUGUUCAUCAGAAACAUCUCAGACGAGAGCAGGCCAGAGGAUUUACGUCGUGAGUUUGGUCGUUACGGACCUAUAGUAGAUGUCUACGUUCCUGUUGACUUCUAUUCACGACGACCAAGAGGAUUUGCAUACGUACAGUUCGAAGAUGUGCGAGAUGCAGAAGAUGCCCUGCAUAAUCUGGACAGAAAGUGGGUCUGUGGACGUCAGAUCGAGAUACAGUUCGCUCAAGGAGACAGAAAGACUCCGGGUCAGAUGAAAUCGAAAGAGCGGCAUUCUCCUCGCGGCGACUCGCGAUACGACGACUACGACCGAGACAGCCGCCGCAGACGCUCCCGCAGUCGCAGUUACGGCAGAAGCAGAUCUCGCAGUGUGUCCUAUGAACGGCGUGCACGCAGAUCGAGAAGCCCUCGAGACUCUCGGUCUAGCAGACGUCGCAGGAGCAGAAGUCGAGAUAAUGACAGACACAGGUCACGUGAACGCAGCCAUCGGCACCAUCGCUCUCCCUCACAUUCUCCUUCCCAGGAUUCCAAGUACAAAUCCAAGAGCCGCAAGUCACGUUCCCGAUCCAGAAGCCCCAGCGCCCCCGCGGUAGACCAGCACUCGUCUGCCGGCCCACGUGAGGAGGAAACCCGCGGGCGCUCCCCCUCCCGCUCCGCCUCUCGCUCGCGUUCACGCUCCAGGUCGUGGGCCGGACGCAAGUCUGGAGGCCGUUAGUAAAUCUGAAUAACAUCUGUUUUUAAAUACUGAAUCAUGUGCAGCUUUUCUCUCUGUGUGUGUUUACUGAUCUAAUCAUGCAGCACAGCCCCGCGUCUGUUUGUUUCUUGGAUUUAGAUUUUCAGAAGUUUAAAGCAACAAUCAUGAAAAUGAAAGUUUGGUUUCAAAGUUUUGGGUUAAAAUCUUACAUCUUUUUCUUUUACUAGGAUCCAAUAUAAAGAUGUUUUUAUUUUUCGUAGUUCAAGAUGCAGCAAAUAAAUGUUUUUUUCUUUCCCUUUGUUUAAUUGUCUUUUGAUUUAAAUUGUACAGUUUUAUUUGGUGUUUGUUCUGAAAGAGCAAUGUUACCCUUUUCUCAAGUCUUUCUUCUGAAAGGUAAUGAUGUAUUUGUAGUUUUAGUCAAGCCGUUGGCAGUAGAAUCUGUUUAUUGCAAUAUUUUUGUCGUUUCAAAUUAAACAUGAGUCUGAGUGAUAA